GAGGCCGAGGCGGAGCGCAGCCGUCCCGCGGCGCCGCCGCUCGUCCUGCGCCAGCACCAUGCUUCGACUGCUUGCUGUCCCCAGGACCUUAGCUGGGGUCACCCAGUCCUCCAGAGUAUGUGGACGUACAACUGCAACAGCAGCCAGCAACCAAAUAGAGGUGUUUGUGGAUGGCCAUCCUGUAUUGGUGAACCCCGGAACCACAGUACUGCAGGCCUGUGAAAAGGCUGGAGUUCAGAUACCUCGUUUUUGUUACCAUGAUCGUCUCUCUGUUGCUGGCAACUGUAGGAUGUGUCUUGUGGAAAUAGAGAAAGCUCCAAAGCCCGUUGCUGCUUGUGCCAUGCCAGUCAUGAAGGGCUGGAAUAUACUGACAAACUCUGAGAAGUCCAGGAAAGCAAGAGAGGGUGUAAUGGAGUUUCUGCUGGCAAAUCACCCAUUGGACUGUCCUAUCUGUGAUCAGGGUGGAGAAUGUGAUCUGCAGGACCAGUCAAUGAUGUUUGGCAGUGAUAGGAGCAGAUUUAGAGAGAGCAAACGUGCUGUGGAGGACAAGAACAUUGGCCCGUUAGUCAAAACCAUCAUGACACGGUGCAUACAGUGCACUCGAUGCAUCAGGUUUGCUAGUGAGAUUGCAGGGGUAGAUGACUUGGGAACAACCGGAAGAGGAAAUGAUAUGCAAGUUGGUACUUACGUUGAGAAAAUGUUUAUGUCUGAGUUAUCAGGAAAUAUUAUUGACAUCUGCCCAGUUGGUGCUCUUACCUCCAAGCCAUAUGCCUUUACUGCACGCCCAUGGGAGACAAGGAAAGUAGAGUCAAUUGAUGUUCUUGAUGCAGUUGGAAGCAACAUCGUAGUGAGCACGAGAACUGGGGAAGUGAUGAGAAUUUUGCCAAGGCUGCAUGAAGAUAUCAAUGAGGAAUGGAUAUCUGACAAAACCAGGUUUGCUUAUGAUGGUCUGAAGCGUCAGAGACUUACUCAGCCAAUGAUCAAAAAUGAGAAAGGAGUAUUUGUUUAUGCCUCAUGGGAGGAUGUAUUAGCUCGUGUUGCUGGUGUGCUCCAGGCAGUGGACGGUAAGGCAGUAGCAGCAAUUGUAGGAGGGCUGGUGGAUGCAGAAGCACUAAUAGCUCUGAAAGACCUACUGAAUAGAGUGAAUUGUGAUACACUCUGCACUGAAGAGAUCUUUCCUACUGCUGGAGCUGGCACAGAUUUACGUUCUAACUACCUGCUGAAUACCAAGAUUGCUGGGGUGGAGGAGGCAGAUGUCCUCCUUCUGGUUGGCACCAAUCCACGCUUUGAGGCACCGCUUUUUAAUGCUAGAAUUCGAAAGAGCUGGCUUCACAAUGACUUGCAAGUGGCCCUUGUUGGCUCUCCUGUGAAUUUGACCUACACGUAUGAACAUCUAGGAGAGUCCCCACAGAUACUUCAGGACAUUGCUUCUGGCAAACAUCCCUUCUCCAAGGUCCUUGACCAGGCCAAAAAGCCAAUGGUGGUGGUGGGCAGUGCAGCCCUGCAGCGCGGUGACGGAGCUGCCAUCCAUGCUGCAGUUUCCACCAUUGCACAGAAUGCCAGGGCCAGGAGUGGUGCUGGUGCUGAUUGGAAAGUCAUGAACAUCCUACACAGGGUUGCAAGCCAAGUCGCUGCUUUGGACCUGGGUUUCAAACCAGGAGUGGAGGCAAUUAGGAAAAAUCCUCCCAAAGUAUUGUAUCUCUUGGGAGCAGAUUCGGGCUGUAUAACGCGUAAAGACUUGCCAAAGGACUGUUUUAUCAUCUAUCAAGGGCAUCAUGGGGAUGUGGGAGCUCCCAUGGCUGAUAUUAUUCUCCCAGGAGCAGCAUAUACAGAGAAGGCAGCCACAUAUGUGAAUACUGAAGGUCGGGCCCAGCAGACAAGAGUAGCAGUAACACCUCCUGGGAUGGCAAGGGAAGACUGGAAAAUUAUUAGAGCUGUCUCUGAGUUGGCUGGUUUGACCUUGCCUUACGAGACCCUUGAUGAAAUACGGAAGCGUUUAGAAGAAGUAUCACCCAAUCUGGUUCGAUAUGAUGACGUGGAAGAAGCAAACUACUUCAUCCAGGCAAAUGAAUUGGCAAAGUUAGUGAAGCAAGAGCUUCUUGCUGAUCCUCUUGUUCCACCUCAGCUCACAAUAAAAGACUUCUAUAUGACAGAUUCCAUCAGUAGAGCAUCCCAGACAAUGGCCAAGUGUGUGAAAGCCGUUGUUGAAGGUGCCCAUGCAGUAGAAGAGCCAUCCAUCUGCUAGAGACUAAUCAGACUGCCACCACCUUCUUCUAGGUUUUUGUUGCAGUUAACUGCUGUGACUGAUACAUUUUUUUCCAAAAUCUCUUUGACAGGCUGUUGUAUUUUUUUCUUCCUUCAUUCACAUUUUCAUCACUUUAAGUAGCCCCAUUAUACUGUAGGACUGUUGUUGUGUCUGAGGGAACAUGCAGCACUCAACUUACUGUACCCAGAGGCAGGGUACAUGAUGAUUGUAUACAAAUAAAUUAUGAAUACCAAGCCACCCAUUACCUGUGUAAUUCAUGUAGCUCAUGCUUCUUCCACAAAAAGAAUUAAGUAAGCAACUCAGACUCAGUAAAUCUUGAUGUUCUAGGAAGGGGUUUACAUGGCAGAAAUACUAGAUUGUAAUUUCCUUCCAGAGUAUCUAGGUAUGUUAAUAUUAAACCCCGGUCAGAAUGUGAACAUGCUAUUUUUGUAAUGUACUUUUAAAGCAAGUUGUCCCUCAUACCUGGUUUAUGCCAAUGUUCAGACCUAUCUCUGCUCUGGAUACUUGUAUGUUUCUUCAUUUAGUUUCAGUUGAGACUACUCUUGGAGGAAAUACAAAUAAUUUUGAUGUUGUGGGGGAAAAAAGCAGGCUUCACACAGCUUCCUCAUACUGAACGGCUUUAAAAAUUAGCAGAAAGACUGAAGGCCUUUAUACCAGUUCAAAUACAGAAAAAAAAAUCUCAGAA